GAAGAGUGACAGGGCCGUGCGCUCUGGGGCACCUCACGCAGACGGGAGUAGGGAGGCUGCUUUUUGCGCGUGCAUGUGGCGGUGGGGGUGGGCGGAAGGGGGGAGAUCCUGCUGCACUGGCCGCCCAAGUUGAGGGGCGAGCUCAGCGGUGACGCGCGGCCCUCACGUGACCCAGAGCUGCAGAGCUACGCAGCCUUCGGUGCAGUCGUCACUCGCGUCUGGCUACAAGCUCCCCGCUGCCCUGCGCUCGGCGGGCUGGCAUCCGGCCCGGGGAAAAGCGGAGCAGGUCUGCGAGGCUAAGUGUCCCGGCGGCGCACCUAGAGGCGAGAAUCCAGAGGAGGAGGAGAUCGCAAGGAUAGGCCCAGAAAAACAACCAGAAAAAAAAAUCUCAUCAUGGCAAAUAUUCACCAGGAAAACGAAGAGAUGGAGCAGCCCAUGCAGAAUGGAGAGGAAGACCGCCCUUUGGGAGGAGGUGAAGGCCACCAGCCUGCAGGAAAUCGACGGGCACAGGCUCGCCGACUUGCCCCUAAUUUUCGAUGGGCCAUACCCAAUAGGCAGGUCAAUGAUGGGAUGGGUGGAGAUGGAGAUGAUAUGGAAAUAUUCAUGGAGGAGAUGAGAGAAAUCAGGAGAAAACUUAGGGAGCUGCAGUUGAGGAAUUGUCUGCGUAUCCUUAUGGGGGAGCUCUCUAAUCACCAUGACCAUCAUGAUGAAUUUUGCCUUAUGCCUUGAUUCCUGCCAUUUAUCAUGAGAUUAAUACUGUGAUUCUCGCUGUUUUCCUUUUCCUUGCAUUUUCCUAAUAUGCCUUUACUGAUCCGUUUGCUGUGAACCCUAUGUUAUUUCCAUGUGUCAAGUGGGUCUUGUGUUGCCAGCUUCUAAUUGGAGAUUGCCUUUGCACUCAGUCUAAGUUUCUGUCAGCAGUAGAGUUUCACCCAUGUGCAUGGAAAAAUUUAAAGUUAAUAAAGCAAUUUAAAAAGCAGUCUA